AUGGGUACCCGUUCGGCAUCAGCAUACAUGGAGGAUUCGUUGCACGUGGAGAAAGUCUCUCCCGGACCACCUAUGUUUUCCCUCGUUGAUUUGGAGAGGAAAUUUUGGGUGGGGGACAAUGUUUGCGUGCUUGAUCAUAGCAUAGUGGCGUUGGCUCUCAAGGGGAAAAAUGGCAUUGUCGUUCAAAUCGACGAGGACACUAUUGUUGUACACGACCAGUCUUCUCAGUGCCAGUUCACUGUUGCAAUCGACUCUUUGGCGACAUUCAUCGGGGAUUUCACUAAAAAGGAUUCUGCUAAUGUAGCAACCGUCAUUGAAACUCCAAUGAAGGGGGAUCAUGUCAUUGUAACCGAGGGUUUCUAUGCUUGUGAAUUCGGGGAGGUCUCCGAGGUUGACCUCAGGACCCAAAUGCUCGCAUUCUUCUCGGAAUCACAACAAUUACGCAUCACGGUGCCCAUACGUAUGACGGCAUUCAAUCCUAAUCUAGCUGCACUUCGACACACUCCCGAGCGCGGAUAUGACCUUGUAGCUGGUGAUAUCGUUCAAGUGGUUAGAGGCGAGCGGCUCCGUGCGUCAGGCAAGGUCUUGCGCGUCAAUCUGGAUAAUUCAACUUUGAUGUUCGAAGACACGCCCCACACUGAGUUCACCACCCGCAUAACAUAUGUUGCAAGAAUUGGCGGGAAAGGGGAUCGUGAUCCGAUGCAGUACUGUAUCGGCAAAGAUGUCAUAAUAAUAUCUGGUCCAAUGAAAUCCUAUCGAGGCACGUUGCAUUCGCUCUCCCGGGACGAAUGCCAGGUUGCCGUCGUUCAGGGUUCGAAACGAGAAUUCCAGCGAGAGCACGUCGUCAACCGGUCCGGAGUUCUCCUCACUGGUGUUCGCUUGCCUUAUAAGCUCCAAAUGGAUUUUAACAAAUUAGUUUGGUCUUCGUUUAUCCGGUCCCCACAUGUGACCACCCCUCGCACUCCUCGUCACUCACCUCCUCCCGAGGCGUCACGUUCUGAUCCGCCUACUGCUGCUACGCUACAAUCGUGGGAUGCCCCCGCAGAGUCAGUGUUGCUAGAACUGAAUCGCCAACAAGAUCUUAGUUCUGCCUCUCAGGACCCUUGGACAAUCAAUGAGGCUGACAAGGAAGACUUACGAUUGCAUCCUGCUAAUGCGAGUUCAUCGUCCUCUCUUGCAGAUAGCCUGACCAGCAUGUUCCACGAUACACGUAUUGCUGGCUUGUGCUGCAAUUGGCACAUGAAGUUACGCGUAGUUAAGACAUCGCCUGCCACAUGGUUCAACAACUUCAUGGAUCGGCUCGUGGAUAUGGUCGCCCCGGACCCAUUCGUCCUCUCUAAUUCGCUGGUCAAACACGGCGAAAUUGCCGUCAGAUAUUCUUCCAGAACGAAGAACACUGGGAUGAAGGUGGAUACAAUUCCUCUAGAAUUUCUCGCCCCGGAACCUCCGACAGGAAAAAGCAAGAAAUUCACUUUGAUCCGAGGCGAAUUCAUGGGCAGCGUUCAUACUACGAUGCUUGCACAGAGAACGGCCGCACAUGCGCCGAACAGACCUGUGGCUUCGUUUCUAUUCUUUGGUCCUACUGGUGUUGGCAAGACAGAGUUAGUAAAGGCACUAGCUGGGUUUCUUUCAACGACGAGCAGGGAGGACUUGUUAAUAUCAACAUGUCCGAAUACCAUGACCGACACGAUCUCGAGCCUGACUAAUUGGAGUCGCUCCAGGUUCUCCUCAUCCCUUGUGUGUAGGUUAGUUGACGGAAGCUGCUCGACGCAAAAUGUAUGCGGUCAUCCUUCUACAGAAGCUCGCAACUGGCUUGUCGAGAAGGGUUAUUCUGAUAUCGAUGGCACCCGCACGGUCGCUCGUGUCAUGCAUACUCAUGUGCUGUUGAGGGGGACAAUCAGAAAUGGUGAUGUCGUCCGCAUCACGGUCUCUGAGAGUGAUUCUCUAAGGACAGUCACCCCUCCUGACUCCAGAAUUGUAUUGAGAGAGGGUCAUGAUUAA